AUGUGCGGUAUUUUUGGUGCCUUUAACCUGCCUGGCGGUGCUGACAACUUCCGUCAGCGCGCCCUCAUCCUCUCCAAGAAGCUUAGACAUCGUGGUCCCGACUGGGGUGGAUGCGUUGUUGCCGGUAACCACAUUCUUUGCCACGAGCGUCUGGCCAUCGUUGGUGUUGACUCUGGUGCCCAGCCCUUGACCAACGACGACGAGUCCUUGAUUCUCUCUGUCAACGGAGAGAUCUACAACCACAAGGCCCUCCGCAAGAUGUGCCCCGCUGACACACACUUCAAGACCCAGUCUGACUGCGAAGUCAUUCUCCAUCUCUAUAAGCAAAUUGGCGCUGAUGUCGUAAAACACCUCGACGGCAUGUUUUCUUGGGUCCUCCUCGACACAAAGAAGAACAGGAUCUUGGCUGCUCGUGACCCCAUCGGUAUCACCACUUUGUAUCAGGGAUGGAACAGCAAAUAUCCCGGAGCCUUCUAUUUUGCCUCUGAACUCAAGUCCUUGAACGAGGAGUGCGACCGCAUUAUUGCUUUCCCUCCUGGUCACAUUUUCGACUCUGAAACCGGCGAGACGACACGGUAUUUCGAGCCCACUUGGUGGGAUGGUGAGAAGAUCCCCGACUCACCUGUGGAUUACCAGCUGAUUCGCGAGUCAUUGGAGAAGGCCGUCCGCAAGAGAUUGAUGUCUGAGGUCCCCUACGGUGUCUUGCUUUCCGGAGGUCUCGACUCCAGUUUGAUUGCCUCGAUCGCAGCAAGAGAGACUCAGAAGAUGCUUGACGGAAAGACACAUUUGAACCAAGAUGGAGAUGAUGUUGAUGAGAGCGCUGCUGCGUCAUGGCCAAGACUUCACUCCUUCUCGAUCGGUUUGGAGGGAUCCCCCGAUUUGGCCGCUGCUCGCGUUGCUGCCGAUUACUUGAAGACCGUCCACCACGAGUACACAUUUACCGUUCAGGAGGGUUUAGAUGCUGUUGCCGAUGUCAUCUAUCACUUGGAGACGUACGAUGUUACCACCAUCCGUGCAUCUACACCCAUGUAUCUCCUGAGCAGGAGGAUCAAGGCUAUGGGCGUUAAGAUGGUUUUGUCUGGAGAAGGAGCCGACGAGAUCUUUGGUGGUUACCUCUACUUCCACGCUGCCCCCAGCGCUGCCGAGCUCCACACCGAGACCGUGACCCGUGUGAAGAACCUGCACUAUGCCGACUGCCUGCGUGCCAACAAGUCGACGAUGGCAUGGGGUGUUGAGGCUCGUGUGCCCUUCCUGGACAAGGCUUUCUUGGAGGUCGCCAUGAACGUCGAUCCCCAAGCCAAGAUGUCAAUCAAGAGUGAGGGUAAGAUGGAGAAGUACAUUCUCCGCAAGGCCUUCGAUACCUCAGAUGACCCCAACGCCCAGCCCUACUUGCCCGAUUCAAUUCUUUGGCGCCAGAAGGAGCAGUUCUCGGACGGAGUUGGUUACAGCUGGAUUGAUUCGUUGAAGGACACUGCCUCGGCCAAGGUCUCUGACGAGGCCUUUGCCAAGGCUUCUGAGCGCUGGCCCAAGGAUACACCCCAGACCAAGGAGGCGUAUCGUUACCGCGAGCUGUUUGAGCAGUGGUUCCCUGAGGAGGCGUGCACAGAGUCCGUUGUCAGAUGGAUCCCAAGAGGCGACUGGGGAUGCCCUGCCGAUCCCUCGGGUCGUGCCCAGAAGGUGCACGAUUCUGCCUAUGACAAGACCGCUUAA